AUGGCUACUCAUAAACUUGCCUUGUACGGUUGGUUUUCCUUUAUCCUUAUCUUACACCUCAUCUCCGCAUCAGAGCCCGAUAAUUAUAUUGUCUACAUGGACUUAUCAGCUAUGCCGAAAGCCUUCUCAGCCCAACAUCACUGGUACUCAGCCACUCUUCAAUCUGUCUCUACAACUGUUAGAGCUGACACCAAUACCCGCAGCAGUAUUUUGUCCUCUUCCAAACUGCUCUACAGUUAUAGUCAUGUUAUCAAUGGUUUUAGUGCAAGUCUCACUCCUGCUGAGCUUGAGGUCUUGAAAACCUCUCCACGCUGUAUUUCGUCCGUUAGAGACUUACCUGUUAAGCUAGACACAACACAUUCAUCUCAGUUCAUUGGCCUUACAUCGAAAUCCGGGCUAUGGCCAGAAUCAAAGUACGGCCAAGAUGUUAUAAUUGGGGUGAUCGACUCAGGGGUUUGGCCAGAAAGCGAAAGCUUUAAUGACAGAAAUUCCAUCAAGAUGGAAAGGAGAAUGCGAGACUGGCACCCAGUUCAACUCCUCAUUCCGCAACAAGAAGCUCAUGGGUGCUUCUUUUUUUAACAGAGGCCUGAUUGCCCACCACCCCAUAUCACCAUAUCCAUGAAUUCUACUCGUGACACAGACGAACAAGGGACGCACACUUCAUCCACAGCAGCUGGCAGUUCCGUUUAAGGUGCAUCAUACCUUAAUUAUGCCGCAGGAACUGCAACUGGCAUGGCUCCACAGGCACGAGUGGCCAUGUAUAAGGCCCUUUGGGAUGAAGGUGGUGUCACUUCUGACAUAAUCGCCGCGAUUGAUCAGGCAAUUAUUGAUGGUGUUGAUGUUUUGUCCAUGUCAUUGGGCUUGGAUGGGUUAGCUCUGUAUGAAGACCCCCUUGCCAUAGCCACAUUUGCAGCCAUUGAGAAGAAUAUUUUUGUCUCUACUUCAGCUGGAAACCGAGGGCCAUUCUUUAAGUCCCUACACAAUGGCAUUCCCUGGGUCCUCACUGUCGCUGCUGGCACAAUGGAUCGUGAAUAUGGCGCUAUUUUCUAACUGAUACAUGAUAGAUACAGGGUAAAGAUCAAAUGUUCAGUGCCUAAUGAUCAGGCCUCAACCUUUUGAUCUAUAUUUUCAAACUGAUACAUGAUUGAGCUGAGAACUUCUGAUGAAAGAGUCAAUUUUCC